GUCGCGUUCAGCCAAUCGGAUGAGACAUUCAGAAGGUGUGUGUGUGUGAAUAGUGGGGCCGUGCACUUCCCGGCCUGUUCUCAGUGUGUCCACCUUCAAGAGAAAGCAGACGGCGCCGGAUCAGCAGCAGCAUGGCAUACAGCAUCGAGCAGAGGGCCAAUGCCAACAGCCUGGAGUAUCGGCUGUUCUUCAAAGACUGCAAGGGAAAGUUUAUCUCUCCGUUCCACGAUAUUCCUCUGUAUGCCGAUGAAGCCAAAUGCAUAUUCAACAUGGUGGUAGAGGUGCCACGAUGGACAAAUGCAAAGAUGGAGAUUGCCACAAAAGACCCUUUGAAUCCCAUAAAACAAGAUGUGAAAAAAGGCAAACUGCGUUAUGUGGCCAAUGUUUUCCCUCACAAGGGUUAUAUAUGGAAUUACGGAGCUCUUCCACAGACCUGGGAAAACCCAUCACAUGUUGAUGAAAAUACAGGUUUUGGAGGUGAUAAUGACCCCAUUGACGUAUGUGAAAUUGGGAGCAAGGUAUGUAAAAGAGGAGAUGUCAUCAAGGUUAAAGUCCUUGGCACCUUGGCAUUGAUUGAUGAAGGAGAAACCGACUGGAAAGUUAUGGUCAUUAAUGUUGAAGACCCUGAAGCUUCUCAUUUCAAUGGUAAGUAG